CCUGGCAACUACCCGGUCUUAAGCGGCAGCGCCUGGAGGCGGCCUCAGGGUCACUGGCAGCCAGGACUCCGCUCACCAGUGAGGGGCGCGGUCGGUGUUUUGGCACCGGGUGGGCAAGACAGUCGGAGUCUCCACCCCCAGGGAGCCUGUAGCACUGCUGUCUUCAUUCAUUCAUCCAGGGUCUGCUGACCCGCUCCCAGCUCUGUGCCGGGCUCAGGAGAUCCAAUAGGGGCAGGACAGGCAGGGGAGAAAAGCCCGUUUAAACCUACCAGGAGACUUAGUAUUUGUUCAUGUGCUUUAAUUUUGUAUAGGUUUUAAGCAUGUGCGGCAGUCAUUUGCACGCACGGCCGUUUUUGGGUAUUUUAACCUUGGGAUAGAACUUGUAUUUUGAGAGCCGAGCUGCCGUCCCCAGCUCCUAGAAAGCUAGUCGGGGGAGGGGGAUGGGGCGGGGCCACAUCACUGCCACAGCCCCACACCGAGAUUCUCCUUUCUGACCCCGUCUGCCCCUGACAGAGGGAGGCACCCCCGCCCCAGGAGCCCGCUGAGAGCAAGGGAAAGUGAAGUGAUGAAGCACAUGUGAUUUGGAGACAGAAGCCAGAAACUCCUCUGCCUUGCUGCGUGCCAGCUGUGUGAUCCCAGGCAAGUCCGUUUACAGACAUUCCCGGGCCUUGGUCCUGUUGUAUGGAACCGCUGUGGCACAGUCCUCAGCAGACAAGGAAAUGAGAAAAGUACCAAACAAUGGGAACCUGAGGGUGACGAAGGUGGCGUACCCGCUGGGGCUGUUCGUGUGCCUGUUCAUCUACGUCGCCUACAUCAAGUGGCACUGGGCCUCCGCCACCCAGGCCUUCCUUGGCAUCCCCGAGGUGGCCACGGGGGCCCGGAGGGACCAGCAGUCCCGCAGUCCCCCGGGGACAGCUGCCCGCGGGCCUGAGGUCUUCUACGGCAUCAUGUUCGACGCGGGGAGCACUGGCACCCGAGUGCACGUCUUCCAGUUCAGCCGGCAGCCUGGAGAAACUCCCACCUUGACCCAUGAAACCUUCAAAGCACUGAAGCCAGGUCUUUCUGCUUAUGCUGAUGACGUUGAUAAGAGCACCCCGGGAAUUCAGGAGUUACUGGACAUUGCUAAACAGGACAUACCCUUUGAAUUCUGGAAGGCCACCCCCUUGGUCCUCAAGGCCACAGCUGGUUUACGUCUGUUACCAGGAGAAAAGGCUCAGAAGUUACUGCGAAAGGUGAAAGAAGUGUUUGAGGCGUCGCCGUUCCUCGUAGGGGACGACUGUGUUUCCAUCAUGAACGGGACGGACGAAGGUGUCUCCGCGUGGAUCACCGUGAACUUCCUAACAGGCAGUCUGAAGACCCCCGGGAGGAGCAACGUGGGCAUGCUGGACCUGGGCGGAGGGUCCACCCAGAUCACCUUCCUCCCGAGAUUCGAGGGCACCCUUCAGACCUCCCCGCCCGGCUUCCUCACAUCCCUCCAGAUGUUUAAUAGGACCUACAGGCUCUACUCCUACAGCUACCUGGGGCUCGGCUUGAUGUCGGCGCGGCUGGCGGUUCUAGGCGGCAAGGAGGGAAAGCCUGCUGAGGAUGGAGCAGAGUUGGUCAGCCCUUGUUUGUCUCCCGGUUUUAGAGGAGAGUGGGAGCACGCUGAAGUAACGUACAGGGUGUCAGGACAGGAGGCAGCGGGGAGCCUCUACCAGCUGUGCGCCCGCCGAGUGUCCGAGAUCCUCCGAAACAAAGUGCACAGGACGGAGGAAGUGAAGGACGUGGAUUUUUAUGCCUUUUCCUACUAUUAUGACCUUGCCGCAAAUGUGGGCCUCAUAGAUGCAGAGAAGGGAGGCAGCCUUGUGGUCGGAGACUUUGAGACUGCGGCCAAGUACGUGUGCCGGACGGCGGAGACCCAGCCGCCGCGCAGCCCCUUCCUGUGCCUGGAUCUCACCUACGUCAGCUCGCUGCUCCACGGACUCGGCUUCCCGGGGGACAAAGUGCUGAAGGUGGGGACUCCCCCGGUGCCCCCAGCCCCCACCCGUCGCGAGCACAUGCCCGCCUUUCACACGCACGUGCUCCCUUCCACCCCCCCGCCCCUUGUCUUUUCAAGUUGACCCGGAAGAUUGACAACGUGGAGACCAGCUGGGCUCUGGGGGCCACUUUUCAUUACAUCGACUCCCUGAGCCGACAGAAGAGCCCCACCUUGUAGGAGCCCAGCUGCCAGCCAUCCCCGUAGAAGCACUGUCUCUGUGAGAACAGGCCCCUUUGGGACCCCCAGUGUGCGGGGAGGGGGUCAUGGCACAGGCUGAGACCCUCCUCCCCGUGACCUCACAGACCGGCCCCUGGACGUGCUGGAACACGGCCCAGGACUUGUUUCCCGGUGGCCAGUGACCAGACAGGGUAAGGGGCACAGGCUGAGGCCAGGGUGGCACAGCCGCUGUCCCCACCGUCCCAUCGCAGGGCUGGGGCGGCUGUGACACACGUCCGGUGACAGGAGUCUUGUUUUGUCCCACUGCCCCCAGCGGGAGCCCCCUGGGCUGGUGGGCCAGGCGUCUCCUCCGUGGGUGUAGACUGUGACGUCAUCCAGAAGCUGCUUCCUUGGGUCCUCGGGUGGCUCAGGGUUAGCUGGCGGGUUGGCGCUGAGACUGGAAAGAGGGGCUGGAGGAAAUGCCUCUUUGUGGCCCGUGUGCCCUGGCUUCUCGAAGCGGUCUAAACGUGAGCGUGAGCUGCUGUGAGAUAUCUGUGUCUGUGAGUGAGUGAUGUCUGUGUGGUGCUGCGUGCUCGUGUAGCAGCUGUGUUCUGAGCCCAGUGGAUGUAUCGCUGCCCUGAGCCAUUUGCAGCCCAGCGGUGUCAGUCGGGCUGGAGCCCCAGAUGCACCCUCUCACGGCCCGUCCCCGCAGGCUCGCAGGAUGCUGGCUGAGCUGUGCACGGGAUGCUGUGUCCCAGGCCCGCAGCCGUUCCUGUGGCAUAUGCACUAUUCACGGAAUAAGCUGAACCUCAUGUGUUCCACUUGAAAUAAAGGGUUUUCCAGGGUU